CUCUCCAGCUCUCGCUUCCCAGAUUCCAUGGCAGCCUCAUUUUCCUUGUAGUUGGAGCCGCCCUCGUCUAGGUUUACGCCGUUGUCAAUCAGAGCGUCUUACGAGAUUUGGCUGCAGGAGUGUGGCAGUGGAUCACUCGUUCGUCUGCUCCCUGAUCUGCUUGUGCCGCCUACCCGCCGACCAUGGGUUUCGAUCCGGACGAGGUAGAUCGCGAGGAGGAAGAGGAGGAAGAGGAGGGCGACGACGUGAACGGGGAGGAUGACGACGAGGAGGAAGAGGAGGGGCAGGACGAGUAUGAGAAGGACGGGUGGAUGGUGGACGGGGACGAGGAGGAGGAGGAGGGGGGGGAGGGGGAGGAGGAGGAGGGGAAAGGCGACGAGGGGCCUGGGAGCGACGAGGAGCGGCGGGAGAAGAAGAAGAAGAAACGCCGGAAGAGGGAGGAGGAGGACGACGAGCUGGACGAGGACGACUACGCACUGCUGCAGGAGAGUGGCGUGGGGGGCUUCCACCGCCCCGCCAAGAAGGACAAGAAGUUCAAGCGGCUGAAGAAGGCACGGCACAUGGGCGGGGACGAGGAGGGGCUGCUGAUGGACGACGAGGAGGACGAGGAGGGCGGCAUGCGCGCACAGCACCGCGUGGAGCGCGAGAUCUUUGGGGACGAGGGACAGGGAGGAGGAGCGGGAGGAGGAGGAGGGAGGAGGAGGAGGAGGAGGAGGAGGAGGAGGAGGAGGAGGAGGAGGAGGAGGAGGAGGAGGAGGAGGAGGGAGGAGGAGGAGGAGGAGGAGGAGGAGGAGGAGGAGGAGGAGGAGGAGGAGGAGGAGGAGGAGGAGGAGGAGGAGGAGGAGGAGGAGGAGGAGGAGGAGGAGGAGGAGGAGGAGGAGGGAGGAGGAGAGGAGGAGGAGGAGGAGGAGGAGGAGGAGGAGGAGGAGGAGGAGGAGGAGGGCAAGGACGAAAUGGCCGAUUUCAUCAUGGAGGGCGGGGUGGACAACACGGGCGAGCAUGGCAGGCGGUACGUCCCCGAGGAUUACCAGGACAGGGAGGAGGGGCGGGAGGAGGAGGAGGACGACGAGGACGGGGAGGACGAGGAGGAGGAGGACGAGAUGGCGGACUUCAUCGUGGAGGGCGGGGUGGACGACACGGACGAGCACGGCAGGCGGCGCCGCAAGAAGAAGAAGAAGGGCAUGCGCAUGCCAGGUGUCACCUCCGAGGCGCUCCUCGAGGCGCAGGAUAUUUUUGGUGACGUGGCAGAUCUGCUGGAGAGGCGGCGGGGCGCGGGGGGGCCGUCGGCUCUGUCGAAGCAGUACGAGCCGAGCCUGCUGGAGGCCAAGUACAUGACGGAGAGGGAUGAGGCCAUACGCGCCAGGGACGUGCCGGAGAGGCUGCAGCUUUUGGAGGAGGUGGUGGGAGUGAUCCCCGAGAACGAGGACCACCUGCCCGAGGCCGAGUGGAUCUACGACCGUGUGUUCGGGCCGCUGGCCCCCGACCACCUGCGGCGCAGUGAGUUUGCGUACGUGGGCGAGGCGGAGCAGCGCGCCGCCACGUGCGCACGCGAGGACGUGGAGAAGUGCCGACGGGAGGCGCUGGCGGCGAGGGAUAGGGCGAUCGAGCAGAUCGCUGCGGUGCUGGAGGAGAUGCACGAUGCCAAAGUGGAGGUGCCAUACAUCGCGGUGCACAAGAAGGCCAUCUGCCCGGCCCUUGUGGAGCCUGACAAGCUGGACGAGCAGCCCGACCUGCAGUCCCUCCAGGCCCUGUGGGCAAUCCAGCAGUGGGAUCGGCGCUGGCUGCUGCUGCAGCGGCGCAAGCGCUCCCUCCGUUCCGCGUACGAGCGACCCCGAAUCGACGAGGACGAGGAGGCGGAGCGACAACUCGCCAUGCAGGGCGUGCUGCACGCGCUGGACUGCGCGCUCUCAGAGCCGGCGGUGGAGGACGUGGACGCCAAGUUCAACCUGCAGUUCCCCCCGGAGGAGGCCGUUGGGGAGGACGGCGGGCCCGCGGUGCAGAGGAGGCCGAGGAAGCGGUCCAUGUACUCCGUGUGCCGGCGCGCCGGGCUCAAGGGGGUGGUGAAGCGGCUGGGGCUGUCGGCGUUCCAGCUGGGGGAGAAUCUGAUCUCCAUGUACAAGCAACACGAGGUGGACGACACGCUGCUGUCACCCGAGGAUGUGGCCACGGAGUACAUCUGCGCCGAGUUCCCCUCGCCCACCCUCGUGCUCAGAGGCGCACGCCACAUGGCGGAGGUGGAGAUCAGCAUCGAGCCCAAGGUGCGGGAGCACGUGCGGGAGAUCUUCAACAAGCGCGCCAUCGUCUCCACCAACCCCACGCCGCGCGGCCGCCAGGUGAUCGACACGUUCCACCGCUUCGCGGGCAUCGAGCGGCUGAAGGAGAAGCCAGUGGGCGAGUUCCAUGACGACCAGUGGCUGCUCAUCGCCAAGGCCGAGACUGAGGGGCUCAUUCAGGUCGAGCUGGGGCUGCCGCCCACCGUGGUGCAGGAGAACGUCAUCCAGGAGUUUGAAGCGGCCUAUCUCUCAGACGGAGUCUCCCACUUCGCAGGUCUGUGGAACGAGCAGCGCCGCACCAUCCUGCGCGCGGCCAUCGCGUCGCGCCUGCUGCCCACGAUGCACAAGGAGACGCGCCUGCUGCUCACCGGCCGCGCCAAGGCCUUCGUCUCCGAGCAGUGCGCGCUCUCCCUCUGGAAGCAUGUCUCCGUGGCUCCCUUUGACGUCCGCGCCAAGGGGGCGGGAGGGGGCGGAGGGGGGGGAGGGAUGGGCGGAGGUGGGGGAGGGGGGAUGCGGGGGGGCGGCGGGAGGGGCGGGAGGCAUGGGGGAGGGGAGGAGCAUGGGGGCGGGCAGCCGUGGCUGCGGGUGAUGGCUUGCUGCUGGGGGCCUGGUAACCCUGCGACCACGUUUGCCAUGCUGAACGCCGCAGGCGAAAUGGUUGACUUCAUUCACACUGGGUUCCUCUGCGCUAGGACGGGGCAGCCCAAGGGGGACACGGGGAUGGGGGGUGCGGCAGGAGGGGCGAUGGGGGGAGCGGGGGCAGGGGGCGGCGGGGGUGAGAAGGGCGAGCAGCAGGUGAUGGUGAUGAAGAAGCGCGAGGACGAGAAGCGGCUCAUGAGCUUUGUGAAGGAGCACAAGCCGCACGUGGUCGUGGUGGGCGGCGCCAACCUGGCGUGUGAAAGGCUCAAGGACGAGAUCUGGGAGGUCAUCUUCAAGAUCGUGGAGCACUUCCCUCGCGACCUCACGUCUGAUGUGGACAAUGUCCGGGUGGUGUUUCAAGACGAGACAUUCGCUCUGCUGUAUGAGAAUUCCGCCAUCUCGCUGGAGCACCUGCCGUCGCAGCCAGGCAUAGUGCGGCGCACGGUGGGGCUGGGGCGCUACAUGCAGAACCGCCUGGCCCUCACCGCAUGCCUGUUUGGGCCGGCCAGGGAGAUCCUGUCAGCCAAGUUCCACCGCUCGCAGGACCUGCUGCCACCUGAUGAUGUCUAUGACGCACUGGAAAGGGUCAUGGUUACAGUUACCAACCAGGUGGGCGUGGAUGUGAACUACGCUGCCCAGGAGGCGCAGGACUGGCUGUUUUCCCCGCUGCAGUUCGUGUGCGGCCUCGGGCCCAGGAAGGCGUCCACGCUCAAGGUGCGCAUUCUGGGGGAGGGAGUGGUGCGGCGCCGCAAGGACCUCAUCGACCCGCCCUUCCUGCUGGACCAGGUUGUCUUCAUCAACGCCGCUGCCUUUAUCCGCGUGCGAGGCCAGGACGACAUGCUGGACGACUCCCGAAUCCACCCGGCCGACUACCGCCUCGCGCUCAAGGUGGCCACGGACGGGUACUGCGAGGCGCACCGCGGGAUGACGCCUGAGAGCGUGGAGGAGCGCGGCAUCGACGUCGUCGUCGAGGCUCGGGACAACCCGGACCUGAUCCGCAGGCUUGACUUCGAGGACUACGCAGUCAUGCUGGCUCGGAAGGGGCAGGGCGGGCUCAAAGAAAAGCUGCUGCUGAUCCGACGCGAGCUGAUGCACGGGUUCGCGGAGUGCCGCACGCAGUUCGAAUCUCUAAACGCGGACGAGCAGUUCUGGCUGCUGAGCGGCGAGACGGAGGAGAGCCUGGCGAUCGGCAAGGUGGUGACGGUGUCGGUGAAGCGUGUGCUCAAGUUCAAGGUGCUGUGCGCGCUGGAGAGCGGCGUGCUGGGCGAGGUGGACCGCAGGGACUUCAGCGACGACCCCAAUGUGGAGCUCAGGGACGUGGUCACCGAGGGGCAGCCGCUGACGUGCCGGAUUAAGGAGGUCAAGAAGGAGGAGGCCAAGGUGAUUCUAACGUGCAAGGGCAGCGACUUAAGAAGCACCGAGUGGCGGGAGAUGCGGCAGUGGGACCCGUACUACCAGCGGGCGGCGGUGGAGCAGGAGGAGCAGGCUGCGCAGGAGGAGAGGAAGAAGCGCGAGGAGGACAAGAGGAAGUCGGCGUUCCGCCCGCGCAUGAUCACCUACCCGCUCUUCCAGAACGUGUCGCUGGAUGGCGCUAAGAAGGCCCUCGCAGACAAGGAGAUCGGCAGUGUGGUGAUCCGCCCCAGCAGCCGUGGCCCCACACACCUGAGUGUCACCAUGAAGCUGCCCGACGGGGCGUUCACGCAUAUCGACGUGCACGAGGGCGGCAAGGACCGCACCAGCGCCACCAGCUUCCUCCGCCUUGGGAGGACUCUGAGUAUCGCGGACGAGUCGUUUGAAGACCUGGACGAGGUGAUGGCGCGCUACAUCGAACCCCUGGCAGCCUUCAUCCGCGACAUGGCGGCGUACCGCAAGUUCCGCGCGGGCAGCAAGGCGGACAUGGACGCCCUGGUGCGCGCCGACAAGGAGCGCGAGCCGGCGCGCAUCCCGUACUACCUGUCCAUCUCGCACGACCACCCGGGCGCCUUCAUGCUCACCUACAUCCGCUCCGCCUCCGUCUCCGGCCGCCCCGUGCACGAGUACAUCACCGUUUCGCCCGUGGGGUUCCGCUUCCGCAAGCACACGUUUCCGACCCCGGAUCGCUUAGUUAAGUACUUCCAGGCCCAUUUCAACGACCCGGUGGAUGCUGGUGAUGGUGGUGGGGGUGGGGGCGGUGGCAUGGGUGGGAAAAGGGAGACUCCUCGCCGAGGGGGGGCUGCUGCUGGUGCGAGUGGUCAUGGCUCGGGAUUCUCUGGCUCGGGUCUGCCCUUGCCCCCUCCGCCCCCUGUGCCGGUAGGGGGAAGGGGUGGACGGUGGGACCAGGCUGGGUCUGGGGAUGGGGGGGAGGUGGAGGGGCCGACAGGGGAGGUGGAUCAAGAACUCCACUCAGAGGAUGAAUGUGAUGUGAAAGGAAUCAUUGCGUUAGGAAGUUCUGAUUAAUUUGAAUGGUUUCAGAGGUGAAUGGUGCUUACUCGCCCCUUUUACAACCACAAUGUGCCUAUCCUGUACAAACUCGGGUUUCCACACAC